GAACCUCCUACCUGGACAGCAUUUCGUAGACGUCGUUCGGACUCUCCACAUGUUAAUCAACAGCGUUUUUAACUCUAGUUCACACACACACACACACACACACACACACACACACACACACACAACAACCAACCAGCGUGCACGCGAGCUCGUGGAGUGUAGGAGCUCCCCCAUAUACACACCCACCAGUAAACACACACGCCUCACUUUAAAGCUGGAGAUUUAAAUACUUUGGUCCAUAUCAGCAAGUGUCUGGCAAAUGGAUUAUUACACCCCUUGUGGUGUUUCAGAUGUUACAGUAACAGCGUCGGAGAAGAGCGCGGUCUAGUAGCAGCCACGUGAGCAAGAUUCAGGUGCUCCUCUGAUGUUCCUCAUGAUGUGAUGCGGUGACUUAUCAAGCAUCAGCCUUCAAGUUACCCUCAGUGAUGCUCUUGACAAUUUUCAGUGAACCAGUCAGAGGCGACCUGAGACUCAUCUGUUAGCAGCACCUACCCUGAAACCAUUCAUCAUGAUUGACCUGAGUUAUCUGACAGAGGAAGAGCAAGAGAUGAUCCUGGCAGUGCUGAAGAGAGAUUCAGAGCUUAAGAAGUUGGAAGAACAGAGGGUCAAGCAGCUUCGUAAGACUGAGAGAGACAGAAGCAGGCUGAAGUACUUGACUGGGGAGUGGUUUUAUGAGACAAAGAAUCACAGACACAGAGACAGGAUCCAUGGCUCCGACAUCAUCAGAGCGUCCAUGAGACAGAAGAAACCCGUGACGAUAUUGGAACUCUCUCAAAGAUGGUCUGAGAAAUCCAGUCGUGUUUAUGGUGAGAAGAAAGAUGUGUACAUCCCUCCAGAACUUUUAGGACUCAUUGAUGAUCCAUCAACAGAAUCACACAAUGAGAGGGUGGAUGAUGAGUUGCCAGAAGCACAGCAGGAAAGGCAGAGACCUCAAAUCAAGCCUAGGCAGAAUCCAUUCAGUAGUGUGCGUUCGAAGAGAGAUGAUGCCAGACUUAUCAAUGGAGUGAAAGAGACUGAUCAGACACCUUCUGAGGAGACUUUCCUUCCAGCUGAGAACUACACACUCCAUCACACUACUCCAAACACAGACAACACUGACACCCACUUAGUCACACAAUGCAAACCUGUACCAAAAAAAAGAUUGCUGCUGUGCUCCUGCAAGAACCCUUCCCCGGACACUGCCCUCAGUGACAAUGGAGUUAAACAGGUCGUGACCCCUGCUCCCAGAGGCAUUUUGAAGCACAACAUCUCUAGCUGUAGCUCUACUGACUCCCUGCAUCUCCAAAUUCCUACCAGUGAUGACAGCAGCAGCAGCAGUCAAUCUUCAGCUACAGUCAGUCCUGAAACUCCCAUCAGCCCUCCUCUUUCCCCCUGCUCCGUGCACUCUGCAUCAGGGUGGUUAGAUAGGAAACAGGUCCGCUUCUCUUCUGUUGUUGGGCCUAUAGAGAGAGUACAAGGAGAGCACAGUGUGCUGGAAGAUGAUUGGAGUCCUCUGUCGGAACAGGAUAGAAGCAGUAUCACAGACAACGGUCAUCAUGAGGUUUAUGGUGAGCCUCAGCUCUCACAGGUGUCCAACUUCCACGGCUCUACUGAGGCAGCAGGUAAGGCCAUUGGGUUAAGUGCAGAGGGCCAGACUGAUAAGAUUACGGUGGAAGAGGGUCGUUCAUUUUCGAAGGUACUUGAAUGGUUUGGGAGAGGAUCUCGAGAUGGAAAGCUAAAGGAGUUGCCAGUUAGGAAAGAGAUGAAAGAAGAGGAGCCAAAAGAAAGCCCAGAAGCCAAGUUAGAAGAUUCUGUGCCUUUAGUUUUACAGCCAAAGACCAAGCCACCACCAAAGCAACGUAGGGGGCUUUUUGCAUUGUUUUCGAGAGAAGACAAAAAAGACCAUAGUCCUGAAGUUCAAGCAUCUGACCAAGAAGUGAUAAGUCAAGAUAAAAUAAAAAGUUCAGAAUAUAAAACAUCUUGUACUUUAAGAUCUGAAGAUGAUAAUUUACUUUUACAGUCCUCUGUUCCUACAAACAGUAAGACUGCAGAAAUACAGCAGGAUAAAACAGAAAAACAAAUAUGUGAAGAUCCUCCUCAAAGAGAGACGUUUGACCAAGGUGAAAUAUCAUCAGGAAGACUGGCCAACCUGAGGUCUUUCUGGGAAAGGGGGAACAAAGGACCUAAAAUACUGAGCAUCAAAAGAGAGGAUGAAGUAGAAGGAAGUGAGACAUCUCAGCUUAAUGAGAAUUAUCAAGAUGCUGUGGACCGAAGGUUGUCAGAUUCCAGCAUUAGCUCAUCCAAGCCCAAACCUGAUGAUCCAAACCCAAAUCCAGUUGAUAUAGAAUCUACAUCAUGUGAUAUCUCUCCAAUCUCACCUAGAAGAACAGCCAAUGGUGUUGAUGUGUCCGCCAUAUCCUCACAUGAAGAUGACAAACCUUCUAGUUUGGAAAGCAAUAGGAUUUUAGAAGUUUCAAGCAGUGAACCACAAACUCUCACAGUAAAAAUGAAUGCCAAAUUGUCACCGAGUUCAUUUCUAGAACACAAAGAUGCAUAUCUGGACAAUGAGCAACAGGAAGACACAAUCUCCAGGGACAUAUCUGACAUAUCUGAAAUCUCCACCGUCAAAAUGUCUCUAAGUCAACAGGAAGAUUCAAUUUCUAUUAAUGAUCUUAAGUCGUUUUGGGAGAAAGAAAAAAGCGGCUUUAGAGUAAUUGUAGGCUCACCAACGUGCACAGCUAAUGUUAAAGAUCCAUCUCCAGACUCAUCUCCAAAAUGUUCUUUAGGGGAACUUUCUAAACCUCAGUUUGAUAUCAGGUCAACCAGCCCAAGUUCCCCAGGAAGUUUCAGAGAUGCUGGACUGACACAAAAAGAGAAGAUGGAACAGACUGAGGAAAAACAAAGAAGUCCAAGUAGAGUGCCAUUACAAGACCUUCAAGAUAUUAGAGGUAGGGUACCUUACAUCACCCAGAAUAUUUUUAAUUUCAAAGAGUCAAUUUCAGACGAACACUCAAAGCCAAGUCCACCACCAUCUCCCCUCAGAAGUCUCCCUGCAAAAGGCGAACAAGAUAAGCCACAGUCCACUGACCCAAAAGACCAAGAUCAAACCAGCACUUCCAGCCCAUUACUGCAGCCUAAAGUACCUCGUAAAGAUUCAUAUCCAAACAAAGAAUCCAGGAAGGAUCCCUUAGAUUCUCCUUUAAAAACCUUUGCAAUAGAUAUAAGUCCCUCCAACAAGAGUCCAUGCACCGUAAGGGUUAACCCAGGGCAAACCAAGUCCUGCAUCUCUCCUGAGCACCACAGGAAGACUUCAGAUGGAAGCUGUGAUGUAAGACCCAUCAUGCCCAAAGAACGAAAGUUGUCAGCUGACUCUCUCACCCGGUUUUAUAUUCCUUUGAGUUUACACCAUUACCUGGGCGUACCUGAGCAGGCAGUGUUAGAUGAAAGAAAACAGGUUAAAGUGCAGGCAGGUGAAACUUUUGAACAGGUGAACCAAGGCAGAACAAGCAAUGAGAGCUCCCCUUCUCGACACUCCCUGCUUGAAUCAGAGGAGAUCACCUUUGACUCCUCUGGGAGCUCCACACCUGAAGCCUGGUCAAUCUCACACGCCAGUUCAUACUGGGACAGCGAGGAUGACGGCCCUGUCAAAGCUGCCCUGGAACGAGCCAAUGCCAGACCUAUCUCUAUUUCCAAGAGUCUAGAGGACCUGGCAUCCACACCUUUACAAGAAAGGUGGAAGACUGACACAAGGAGUGAUCUUGGACUGAGUAUGGAAAAUGUAUCUACAGUCACUUCCAACACCAAAACAUCCUUCUCCGACCCAGAACAGGUGAAGAUGAUGAGUAUGUCUAUGCCCGCAUUUAUGCAACAAGAGAUGGAUUUCAGAAACAGUGACUGUGCAUCAGUGAGCAGCUUCCACAAUGACAGACUGAGAACAUGCAACACUCCUUCUAAUUUUAGCACUUGCUCUGAAGUGGCCUCCAUAUCCUCUGUCACUGGCAGUGUAAUGAGCAUCUACAGUAGUGAGUUUGGUAAUGUGGAGGUCAAAGGCACAAUCCAGUUCGCCAUUCACUACGUGCAAAAACUGGGAGAGUUCCACAUCUUUGUUGUUCAGUGCAAAGACCUUGCCGUGGCGGAUGUUAAGAGGAACCGAUCUGAUCCGUAUGUUAAAUGUUACUUGUUACCCGACAAAGCAAAAUAUGGAAAGAAAAAAACAUGCGUGAGGAAGAGGACGCUAGAUCCAACUUACAAUGAAAUACUACGGUUUAAGAUUCCAAUGGAGACGCUGAAAACCCAGAAGCUGAACAUUUCUGUGUGGCACAACGACACAUUUGGCCGUAACAUGUUUCUUGGAGAGGUUGAGCUUGAUUUGGCCGAAUGGGAUUUUAGUAACACCCAGAUGAAUGAAUAUUUACUUAAAGGAAGGAUCCAGGUUCCCACCAGCCCAAAGCAUUCUGUCUCGAGUAUGGACAUGAGUGCAGAGAUUAAAGUUGCUCUGCGUUUUGUCCCACAGACUUCUCACAGUCACAAGAACAAGGGGAAUGGUGAGGUACAAAUAUGGGUGAAAGAAUGCAAGAAUCUGCCUAUUACCAGAGGUGUUGCUAUUGACCCAUUUGUCAAAUGCGCAGUCCUGCCUGAUAAUAGCCGGAAAAGCCGCCAGAAAACCAGAGUGUUGAAGAGGGCAUCAGAUCCGGUGUUUAACCACACCAUGGUGUAUGAUGGUUUCAGGCAAGAGGACCUCAAAGAGGCCUGUGUGGAGCUUACUGUGUGGGACCACGACAGACUCAAUAACCACUUCAUUGGGGGUGUUAGGCUGGGUCCAGGAACGGGUAAAAGUUACGGCACUGAAGUCAACUGGAUGGACUCUAAUGUUGCCGAAGCAGCUCUGUGGGAAAAAAUGAUGCAGUCUCCAAAUGAUUGGGUGGAAGAUAUUUUACCUUUGAGAAUGAUGGUCAUGGCAAGAAUGUCUAGAUAGUAAGAAGCUGAGGCAUUUUUGGUAAAACUUAUGAACAAAUACACACACAAAAAAAAAUGAUUGUGAACAUGAAGAAUGCAGUAUGUAGAAAGACAAUAUGUAAUAUUAAAUCGAUAGGAGCUAACUUUAUGGUUUCUUGACAAUUUUGUUGAGGAAAACAAAGAGAAUGAAAAAUAUAAUAUGCUUAUUAUUGUAAAGUAUGUGGAUUUCAUGUCUUAAAAUAAAAAAAAUCUUUUAAUCUUUUAA